UCUCUCUCUCUCUCUCUCUCUCUCUCUCCAGUGGGUUCGUAUCCAACCGACUGGUUUAGUUCAUUUCAAAACAAAGUUAGACGGUUACCAUUAUUCGUGGAACAAGCCUCACACGACUGUACACAAUCUCAUUAUCGGCCAGUUGUGGGCGGAUCAUGAGGGCGUGGUCACGGUAACCUCGCACCAGACAGGUGACCGGGCCGUGGUGAAUUGGAACCCGCACAGCAAAUCAAAGGAUAACUAUAAGCAGAUUAAUGGUGAAGUGACAACAAAGGAUGGUAUUGUCAUUUAUAAUCUCGAGGGACGAUGGGACAAAGGGAUGGACAGGGUUGACCCAGAUGGUAGCAAUAGGAACAACUUGUGGACUGCACACGAGCCUCUACCUGAUAAUGACAGACAGUAUGGAUUCACUCUAUUCUCCAUGAGUCUUAAUGAACAUGAUGAUAGUGUUGAGUGUCCAACUGACUCAAGAAGGAGACCAGAUCAAAGGCUCCUUGAAGAAGGACAGAUUGAAGAGGCUGGAGAAGAGAAGGUAAGACUAGAAGAGAAGCAGAGAGCAGCCAGGAAAGCAAGAGACAAGAAGAAGGAAGAAUGGAAACCCAGAUGGUUCACAGAGAAGUUUGAUCCAGACACUAAUACUUCUUAUCACGUGUUUGAUGGCCAUUACUGGGACGCUAAACUGAACAAGGACUAUACAGUAUGUCCUGAUAUUUUCUAAUAUUUCUCCUACCACCUCCUCCUCCUCAAUAUAAUAUUGCUAAAAACACCAUUAUAGCUACUUUUCUGCUUAUUAUUAUUAUUAUUAUUAUUAUUAUUAUUAUUAUUAUUUGUCAUUACCUGCUCUG